UGGGCGUGGGUCGGCGAUGUAACGGUGCGUGCCACACUUCGGGGUUUUCAGAAGGAAAAAGAGCGUCGUGCCAGAGGGGUAAAAAAGCGGAGAGGUGGUCGAUUUUUCUUUAUUGAGAAUGAUUUAUUGAUCAGCAGUGAUCAGACGCAUCCGAUUCAUCUGCAGUCAAUGCGCGACCGAAACGAUCCACUGUAACAACAACAUAUGUUGAAUUUGAGUUGCAAAUCGCUGCUCGCAACCGCUUUGUAAUCGUAUCUCGACUUUGGGAAAAACAUUGCGUACAAGCCAGCAAUGGCGCACGUCGUUGAUUCAGGGCCGAAAAACGACUCGGACUCGGAAAAGAAGAUUGUACCGUCCCAGGACAGUUCAUCGGGAGAAAUGGACGUCCCUAAAAAUAAACUAUUUGAUGCCAAGGCAAUCUUAUGGACUUUUGGCAAAUGUCUCACAGCCUUGUUGCCCGUGUACCUGGCUGGUUACUAUCGGAUGAGCACUAGUUUAGUGGUGUUUGGGAUGAUGGUUUACGCAGGAUGGAAACACUCUCGUGAGGCGAAGGAGGCGAGACUGAAGUCUGCAAUAGAGUUAGUCAACGACGAACAGGAAUACAUCUCCUCCAAAUCAUUCAGAAGUAGAAGAGACCUGCCUUCUUGGGUCAGUUUUCCAGAUGUGGAGAAGGUUGAAUGGCUCAACAAGAUUAUUCAGCAGGCCUGGCCAUUUAUUGGUCAGUAUUUAGAGAAGCUGCUGACGGAAACCAUUGCUCCAUCCAUCCGCGGCUCCAGCUCUCAUCUGCAGACGCUCAGCUUCACGAAGGUCGACUUUGGUGGCAAGCCUAUGAAGGUGGUUGGAGUGAAGGCUCAUGCAGAAAAUGAGAAAGGUCAAAUUCGGCUCGACGUUUACAUCAGUUACGUGGGGGACGUGGAGAUAGAUGUGGAGGUGAAGAGGUAUUUCUGCAAGGCUGGUGUGAAGGGAAUACAGCUUCAUGGAAUGAUGCGUGUGAUUUUGGAGCCUCUGAUCGGUGACGUCCCAAUCGUGGGUGCUGUAACCAUGUUCUUCAUUCAAAGACCUAAACUGACCAUCAACUGGACCGGUUUGACCAACCUGCUGGACGUUCCAGGGCUCAAUGUGAUGUCAGAUACUAUGAUCAUGGACGCGAUCGCUUCAUUCCUGGUUCUGCCCAAUCGUCUCACUGUUCCUCUAGUGGCAGACCUGCAUGUUGCUCAGCUGCGGUGCCCUUUACCCAGGGGAGUUGUGCGUAUUCACCUGCUGGAGGCUGAUGGUCUGGCUUCGACGGAUAACUAUGUGAAGGGUGUGAUGGCAGGCAUGUCUGACCCAUACGCCCUGCUCAGAGUCGGGCCGCAAACCUUCAAAUCCCGCCAUCUGGACAACACACUCAAUCCCAAAUGGAAUGAAAUGUACGAGGUCAUUGCUCAUGAGGUGCCUGGUCAGGAGCUAGAGGUGGAAGUGUUUGAUAAAGAUCCUGAUCAUGAUGAUUUCCUGGGCAGGACAAAAUUAGAUUUGGGGAUUGUGAAGAAAUCUAAAAUAGUGGAUGAGUGGUUCAAUUUGAAAGACACCCCUUCAGGACGGAUUCAUCUCAGACUUGAGUGGCUGACACUAGAAGCCGACACAGAAAGACUAGAAGAGGUUCUGAAGAGAAAUGAAAGUGUGGUGAGUCGAACAGCAAAGCCUCCCUCAGCAGCCAUCCUGACAGUGUAUCUGGACAAGGCUGAGGCACUUCCUAUGAAGAAAGGCAAUAAGGAUCCCAAUCCGAUCGUUCAGAUCUCAGUGCAAGAUGUAACUCGUGACAGCCGGAUUUGCUGGAGUACGGUGAACCCCCAGUGGGAGGACGCUUUCACUUUCUUCAUCAGAGAUCCAAGCAAACAGGACAUUAGCGUACAGGUGAAGGAUAAUGACCGUGUUCAGGUUUUGGGAAGUCUGUCCAUUCCUGUAUCUCGUCUUCUCUCUUGCCAAGAUCUGACUUUGGACGAGUGGUUUAAUCUGAAGAAUUCUGGUCCAGCAAGCCGCAUCCACAUCAACACAGUGCUCAGGGUCCUCUGGUUGGAUGAAGCCGCUGCAACUUCCUCUCUCCUCUCCAGUGACCCUCUUUCCAAGAGUUCACGUCCACAGAAGACGACUCCUCAUUCCAGCUUCGCCACUGAGGGGGUGCUGCGUAUCCACCUCGUGGAGGCUCAAAAUCUGGUCCCCAAGGACAACAUGAUGGGAGGGAUGGUGAAGGGCAAGAGCGACCCGUAUGUCAAGAUCCAAAUUGGAGGUGAAACCUUUAAGAGUCGAGUGAUCAAGGAGAACCUCAGCCCCACCUGGAACGAGAUGUAUGAGGUGGUUUUGACGCAGCUUCCUGGUCAAGAGUUGACGCUGGAAGUUUUUGAUAAGGACAUGGACAUGAAAGAUGACUUUAUGGGCAGGCUGAAGAUGAAUCUGAGUGACAUAAUCAGCUCUCAAUACAUUAAUGAAUGGUUUACUCUGAGCGAUGUUAAGCGUGGCCGUGUUCAUCUCGUUCUUGAAUGGCUGCCCACUGUAACACAACCAGAGAAACUACAGCAGGUGUUGCAGUACCAGUCAAAGAGCUCAUACCUGAAUAAGAGCACGCCGACUGCUGCUCUCCUGUUUGUGUAUGUGGAGCGCGCGCAUGAGCUUCCUUUGAAGGAGAGUGGAAAGGAGCCUAAAGUUGGAGCUGAGCUGAUUUUAAGGAGAACGUCUCAUAGAACCACGGUAUGCGAUCGCACCAGCUCUCCUCAGUGGGACGAGGCAUUUCACUUUCUGGUUCAGGAUCCAUUGAACGAAGACCUUGUUGUGAAGUUGACCCACAACUGGGACUUCUCUCUGGGAUCUGUGGUGAUUCCCGUCAGAGAGCUUCUCUCUGAGCCAGAUCUGAUGCUGGACCAGUGGCUCGAUCUGGAUGGAGCGUCACCCCAGAGUCAGAUUCUGCUCAGAGCUCAGCUGAAGAUUCUUUGCCCUAAAGAGACAGAGAGCUCUGAAGACCGUGAGGAACCUCAUCGUCCUGAAGCGUCCAGCAUUAGAAGAAAACAGGAGGAGGAUUUAGUGCAGAAUUCUAGCUUUGAGGAGGUCCCACCAUCUCCUGUCAGCAGGACUUCCUCUGUGUCAGUCCCAGAAGAGGAAGAAGUCCCAAAGGUCAGAGACGUUUCCAGUUCAGAUGACCUUCGACCCUUGCACACCAGCCCUGACCCCAGCUUUGGUGCUGAGGGUGUGCUCCGCCUCCACCUGCUGGAAGCUGAAGAUCUGGUCGCAAAGGACAACAUGAUUGGUAGGAAGGGGAAGAGUGACCCGUAUGUCAAGAUCCAUAUCGGAGACACAGUCUUUAAGAGUCAUGUGAUCAAGGAGAACCUCAACCCCGUCUGGAACGAGAUGUAUGAGCUGGUUAUGACCUCCAGGUCGACCUCUGAUGUCCUCGUGGAGGUUUUCGACAAGGAUAUGGACAAAGACGACUUUUUAGGGAGGGUGAAAAUCAGCUUACAGGAGAUCAUUCAGUCUCAGCUGACUGACAAAUGGUUUUCUCUGAGUGAUGUCAAACAUGGCCGGGUUCAUAUGAUUCUGGAAUGGCUGCCCACAGUCACACAACGUGACAGACUACAAAAGGCUCUGCAGUUACAGUCCGAGCAUUUGUACCAGAACAAAUCUGUGGCGUCAGCAGCUCUGUUCUUCAUCCUCUUGGAGAGAGCUCACGACCUGCCGCUGAAGAAGAGUGGAAAGGAGCCUAAAGCUGCUGCAGAGCUUGUGCUGGGUGACAUUUCUCAUAAAACCAAGGUGUGUGACCGCUCCACGUCUCCCGAGUGGAGUGAAGCUUUUCACUUCCUCAUUCACAACCCUACAGAGGAAAUUCUUAUUAUAAAGCUUUCAAGUGCCUUUGAGCAGCCCUUAGGCUCUGUGGUUCUACCAAUCAGAGAGCUGCUUUCAGAACCAGGUCUACUGAUGGACCAGUGGUUGAGUCUGGAUGGAGCAGGUCCUGACAGUCAGAUUCUGCUGAGGGCACAACUUAAGAUUUUGGACUCAAGUUUGGAUACAAGUGUCCUUCAUCGUAAAAAGCCUGUUGUUGGAGAAGAGCAUUCAGUGAGAGAACAGCCUGAAGAAAAAGCACAGUCACUGUUGAGCACGAAAACACAGCUUGACAGUGAGGAUCUCAGCAAUGUUCCUGAUUCCACUUCCAGUGAAGGUGGAUAUAUGGAACCAGUCAAAAGAUUUGGAUCAGCCCAUGAAGAACAAAAACACAUGGAAAAACCAGAAGAGCAGUCUCCCAAGAAGGUUUCUCCCAGUGUCCCUGCAGAGGAGUCAAAAGUCUCUAGCUCCACAGACGUACGACCCCAAAAGACGAGCCAUGACCCCAGCUUUGGCACCAAGGGGGUGCUGCGCAUCCAUCUUUUGGAAGCGAAGGAUCUGGUUGCGAAGGACAACAUGAUGGGAGGGAUGAUGAAGGGCAAGAGUGACCCGUAUGUCAAGAUUCAUAUCGGAGACACAACCUUUAAGAGUCACGUGAUCAAGGAGAACCUCAACCCUGUCUGGAACGAGAUGUAUGAGAUGGUUCUGAGACCUGAUUAUAAUCUUGAUGUGAAGUUUGAGGUCUAUGAUAAGGAUUUUGAAUCGGAUGAUUUCCUUGGAAGGUUCAAGCUCAAACUCGGCCACAUCAUCAGUUCCCAGUAUGAUGAUGAAUGGUUUACUUUGAAUGAUAUAAAACACGGUCGAAUCCAUUUGGUCCUGGAAUGGCUUCCCACCUCAACACAGCAGGAUAGACUGGAUCAAGUAAUGCAGAUGCAAAGCUCUCUGACCUACCAGAACAAGUGUGUGCCGUCAGCAGCGUUGGUGUUUAUUUAUUUAGAAAGAGCUCAUGAUCUUCCUUUGAAGAAAAGCGGAAAGGAACCCAAAGCUGCUGCUGAACUUGUACUUGGAGCAACAUCUUAUAAAACCAAGGUGUGUGAUCGAUCAACUUCUCCUCACUGGAGUGAAGCAUUUGAAUUUCUGGUUCAUGACCCCAAAAAGGACAUACUUGUCAUUAAGAUCUCAAGUGCCUGGGACCAACCCAUGGGCUCUGUGGUUCUACCAAUCAGAGAGCUGCUCUCAAAACCAGAAUUGCUGAUGGACCAGUGGCUCGAUCUGGAUGGAGCUUCACCAAAGAGCCAGAUCCUACUCCGGGCACAGCUGAAGAUCUUGGAUUCAAAAAUGGCCGCCUUAAUAGCCAUGGGUUCAGGUCCUGUGUUGAGUAAUAAGCAGACGGCCACCACUGGUCACAUCAAAAUCUCCCUUUCCUUCCAGAAGAAGUUGACCGUGAUCAUCCAUGCAUGCAGGGGUCUGGUUACAUCAUCUAAGGACAGCUUAGACACCUACGUCUCCCUCAUUCUGCUUCCGGAUAAAAGCAAGGCCACCAAAAGAAAAACAAGUGUGAAGAAGAAAAGUCUGAACCCAGAGUUCAAUGAAAGGUUUGAGUUUGAUAUGAGUGUGGAGGACGCUCAGAGACGAGAGCUCAGCGUCUGUGUGAAAAACGCAUCCUCGUCCUUCAUGAAUCGAGACAAAGACUUGAUCGGCCAGGUGCAGAUAGACCUGGGACAUGUGGACUUAAUCUCUGGAGUCACAGAAUGGUUUGAUCUAAAAGAAGAGCAGAACUAAUUAACACAGUGCUCUUAAACCUCUUCCUGAAGUUCAGCAGGUUAACUUCACUGUCUUGUAUCGCUGCCAGUGCUUCCCUUCCCUCUUUAUUACUUCACAAACACACAUAUUUCUUCCCCCCAUCUGUUUGUUUAUCAACAGAUGAUUUCUGAGUGACCAGUUCAUGUGAUGAAUAUGAAUGAUCUUUGUGGUUUGAACAUAUUGCUGCAUUGAGUAUUAUAUCAGAACUGAUGUAUAAAUUGGUUAUAUCUGUAAAGUCAGUAUCAGGUGACUGAAUGUUAACUGUAAAGAGUCUCUUCUUCCUGUGCAGGUUGCAUGGACAUUGGAAAAGGAUUUUAAAAUGAGUUUUUAAAGCAAAGAAAUAUAUUUGUUUUUAUUAACGUCAGGAUACAAUAUGGAAUCUACAUGAAUGAUUAUAAUUGACAGAUCUUUGUGCACUAAAAAUAUAAACUGGUUUUAUUUAGUCUACAUAUCACCAACCUAAAAACUUUAUUCAAGAUGACUUCUGUGCUGUUACCACUGCAGAUCUCUACAAUCAUAGUGUUGCGUCUCGACAUAUAGCUGCUGUUUACACAUUGAUGUGUGUCAUGUAACUUCUGCAGUACAUUGUGAUGCCAAAUAUCUAGAAAAUCACAUUUUUUAGCCAAAAUUAUGUUAUUAAAGUUUGUGUUCUUGUUACAUUGUGUUCGAUUUUAAAAGGUAUUUUUAUUUACAGUCAUUUAUUUUGCCAAAAACAUGCCCGGAUCUAUACUUAGAGCUCCCAUACUUGUGAAAACCUUCCAAAACAUUAGGAAUUUAAAUAGAUUUCCAGGCUUGCAAAAAUCAUGAAACAUAAGUCUCAAAAAUGUCUAAAGUGAGUGAAAUGACUUUCAGAGUCAUAUGCAUUGAGCUGCAUUCAGAGCUCAGGCUCGAUUUUUUUCUCUUUGGAGAUUUUUUACACCAUGUAUGGUUGUUUAAAAUCACUUUAUUCUGAGAAUUGGUACCGAAGUUACAAACGAAACUACAGUAUUGUCUAAAAUUUGAAUUAUGCUUAACCACUAAUAGCUGGAUAUCGUGAUAAUGAACAACUGUAAAUGUCAUGGAAAUGUAUUUGUUCAACAAUAGGAGCCCUGUGCAAGAUCUAGACCCAGGGCUGUUUAAAUCUUGCCCUGGAGGGCUAGUGCAGUGCAGAGUUUGGCUCCAACCCUGAUCAAAGUCACCUGCCUGUGAUUUUCUUGAUUGGCAUGCUCAGGUGUGUUUGACUAGGGUCGGAGACAAACUCUGCGCCGCAUUGGCCCUCCAGGACAAGAUUUGAAUAUCCCUGAUCUAGACCGAACACAAAAGCCUUUUGUUCAGCUUCUUUUGUGUUUUCAUAAUUAUUUUGUUUCGUUUAUAAUAUACUUGUAUACACAAACUACCAUUCAAAAGUUUGGGGUCGGCAAGAUUUUUUUACAAUUAAUACUUUCAAUUGAUAAAGUUGACACUGAAGAUAUUAAUAAUGUUGCAAAACAUUUCUUUUUCAAAUAAAGGCUGUUCUUUUGAACUUUCUACUCACCAAAGAAUCAUAAAAUAAUCACAGUGAACUGUAUUUUUUAAGAAAUAAAUGGAACCUUUGUUAGAAAUCGACAAAAAUCCUACAGACCCCAACGAGUUGAACUGUAGUGUACAGUAUUUUUUCGUCAUAGAUUUUACUUUACUAGUUGAAGUUCAUAUUUUGCAUUCCAUUUUCUAUCACUGUGUGCAUGUUACUCUUUUAUUUCCAAAAUGUUUAUAUUCCACAUUUAAACAUGCUGUAAUGUGUUGAGAUUUAUGUUAAAAUCAGUAAACACCAAAGAACCAAUCCAUGCUACGGAUGAGCGUGUUCAGUUGAACAUGCAGCACUACUCAUACUGUCACAUACAUGAGUGUACCGUCUCAUACUCACAGCUGUCAAUAAAACAGUUAUGGCAUCA